AUGUUCUUUGCUCCAACUAUUCUUUCAUUGUUGGCACAGCAAUGUAAAGUGUCUGUACUAUGUGUUUCGACCGGCAACUUUCAUGGUAAGACUACAAACUAUGGUGAUAACGAGAGAACUGCAUAAGUUUUGAUAGUUUGUUGAGUAGCAAUUUCAACAACGAUUGAGCUUCUUUUUCAGGAAAAGGUAACAUUCGAAGGCAAGAAAUGUUUGAUGCUUGCGAAAGUAUGGGUAUACCAAAGUCAGAUGUUACAGUAAUGGACCUAGAUGACAUGCAGGAUGGGAAGGCCAAUAAGUGGGAAGUAGAAAGGCUUGCCAAUAUCAUUUUACAGCAUGUUAAAGAUCUAAAACUUGAUGUCAUAGUCACAUUCGAUGAAAAUGGAAUCAGUUACCAUCCGAACCACAUAGCUUGCUUUAAUGCUGUACGGUACUUGUAUACAAAUGGCUGGAUACCUUCAAGCAUUCAGGUAUUUACUCUGGAAACUGUUCGUGACCUUCGGAAUUACAUGAGUAUCCUGGACCUGCUUCCUUCACUUUUCACACCUACAUCGCUUUGUUUAUCAGCCCCUCUGGCUGCGUGGAGAGGGAUGAAAGCUCAUAAAUCUCAGUUAUUCUGGUUUCGGUACCCUAACAUAAUACUGAGUCGGUAUAUGGUUGUGAAUACGUUAAAACAAAUGACUUUACAUCAAUAUAUUGUUAAGGAACAAGACGAAUAUUGUAUUACAAGCAAAUAA